AUGGAUGCCUUCUCCUACGAGCAGGCCUGCAAGGCAACGGCCGCUCUGCGGAUCGAGCAUGACAUCGAAGCCAAGGCGCGGGAAGGGCCCAAAGUCGACCCAGGACCACGGACUUCAGACAUGACAGUUGGAGAGGCGUUGCAAGAAAUCGAGGACAACAUGAUGAGUGAGAAAUUCUGGGUGGAUCUAGGGCAAGGCGUCUUCGAGACCAGACAAGCUCUCGAGCAGAAUUCAGAGGAAGGGCGGAAGAAAGCAGAAGCCUGCCUCAAGGAGGUCUCUGACCAAAUCAAAGACCUGCAGAGCAUGUACUUUGCGAAUGAAAGGAAUGUCAUCGAGCAGAUUCGCUCAUUGUUCGAACGCGAGGAGGCGGUAACUCUCGGGACGUGCCUUGCAGGAGUGAGGACUACUCGCUCCGAAGGUCAGGAGACUGGCAAGCAAGAGCAUCGAGCGAAGGGACUCCAGCAAGCAGGAUCGGAGGUGAUACAUCAGCAACAGAAAAAGCAGGGUCCGUGGACUUUCCACGAGGUCAACAACAAGAGCGAAGUUACAGUCGAGAUUGAGGUACCACCCAGCACUCAGAAGGCAGACAUCACUGCCAGCAGCUCACUGUUGGUAGCUGUCUCGCACACGCAGACGCGCACACACUUGUGCAAUCCUCCCUCUGUUUGGUAUUCGUCAAUGUACUUCCUACUUUCAGAGGUGAAGACAUGUAGCCACUUAGGCAGUAUGUUGGGGUUCUUGGCUUAG